AUGGCUUCAAAUAUUUGCAAACCUUCUCGUCGCCGCGAUGAUUGUCUAAUAAAAACAACCAAAUGUGCUUCAAAACCUACCCUUUUACUCAAGGACUAUCUCAGGGACGACCUGAGCUCAUGUUCAUCCAGCGGUUUCAAAUCAUUCCCGCGUAGACAAUGCUGCACCACCGUUGGAUUUGUCAAGGAAAAAGAUCUCAAACUCCAACGCAAGAGGAGCACUACAAGUACACUCCCUCGACGACGGCCCGCCAUAACCGCUCUGCAGAGAGCUUCCGGAGCAGUAAUAACAGCCAUCAAGUCAUUGUCCUCCCAAAAGAGUGGCAAAUCAAAGAAAGCUGCACAAAAUCUUCUUUCUAGAAGCUUCUCGAGGAAGCUGUUAAGCAGAAGGUUCUGGAGAAAAGCAGGGAAGGGAGAGGGAAGCGAAGGUGUACUGAGGUGUAGGAGAUCUUUCCGCGAACUUCUUAUCCAGGAACGAGAUUAUAAACCAACGUCGUUGGAUGAGGAUACUGUUUUCACUCCCAAAAGCAUCACCACUGUUUCUUCAGGCGGUUGCAGUAACAGCUGGGGAGAAAGUGAAUUCACGUUUGCAUCAAACGCUACUUCCUCCGACAGCCCCACUGAAAAUGACCUAGUUGACGGCGUCAAAGACGGCGCUCCGCUUCAGCACAAGAAAGAAGCAGGAACGGAUGGGGAUUGGUCAAACGAGAAGGAGCAAUUCAGUCCUGUAUCAAUAUUAGAUUGCCCAUUUGAAGAUGAAGAAGAGAUGAAAUCUAGUUUCAGGAUCAAUUCUUUCUUCCAAGGAGCAGAAAACAAGCAUAUACAGAAGACACGACAUUUUGAGAACAUAUCUUCAUUGGAGCCAUUGGAUUUAGAGAAAAGGAUCAAAUGCUUAGAGCUAGAAGACGAACCACACAACUAUUCUUCAAAACAAUGUUCAUUGCCAACAAUAGAGUCAGUUAUUGGAGACAACAAAAACAAGGAUGAGUUAAACAGUUUGAUGAUUAACACUGAGAAACUACUGUUUGAUUACUUAGAACAAAGCAUUGAAGAAAACAAUAAUGCUAAUCAUCCAAAGAAUCUUAACCUUUGCCAUGUAGUUGAUGAUUGGAUGCGAGGAAAACCCCAAGAACCGUAUUUGAGUUGGGAAGUGAAAGAAGGAAGACAGGUCUACAUUAGUGAGAUGGAAAGAUGUAACGAAUGGAAGAAUUAUGAUCAAGAAAAAGAACAACUUGUUCUAGAAUUGGAAAAUGAUGUGUUAACUAGUUUGGUUAACGAGAUUGUCAUUGAUAUUGUGAUAUGCUAG